CAUACUUUCCCCACAAUCUCACCGAUGAAGGGUUUGGUAUACUUGGUAUAACUGUGGCGAAAUCCACGCCCCACUUUUUGUCAAGUUUUACUCCUAUUUAUAUUUCCACAAGGGGCUCAGAAUGCGAGGACUAGACCGGGAUCCUCUAUCUGAUACCUCCUACCUUCUUGCUUAAUCAUUGUACUACAAACCUUAGAUCCUGGUAACUUGACCGGGUGCUUGCGAUAUACCCAUUAUCUACAAUGCAAGACCUUCAUGACACAGCUGCAGCUCGCAGUAGGAUAAUCUUCACUGUUUCGAUCAUAUUUUUGAGUCUCCCAUUGAUUAUCGUUUCCUUGAGAUGUUUCGUUCGGUUCCGUCUCAUCAGGGCGUUUGGGUGGGAUGAUUCUAUCAUGACUAUCGCUGUGGUUUUUAACUCUGGUUUUGCUAUCUGCGCUAUCGUAGGGAGUCUCCAUGGUGUUGGGAGGAAACUAGAGGACUUUACCAGCAGCGAAGACAUUACGAAGUGCCUUUUGUGCUGGUGGCUAGCCCAACCGAUGUACAUUUUCAGCUGUAUCCUCAUGAAGCUGUCAAUUGCCAUUAGCCUCCUGCGUGUGACCAUCCACCGCUGGCAUCGCGUUAUCCUAUAUCUGGUAAUGGCCACUACGGUUGUCUUCGGGGUUGUUAUUUGGCUGUUAAUGACAUUACAAUGUCAACCUGUUCAAGAGUUCUGGCUCCGGGAUGGCAAAGGCAGCUGUAUCCCUGUGGAUCCGGUGAUAGUCAUGUUCUAUGUUUACGGCUCCAUUGGAGCAGCUUGUGAUCUGUGCCUUGGAAUACUGCCUAUAUUUCUUGUUUGGAAGCUGCAGAUGAAGAGGCUAGUGAAAAUUGGACUGUGUGUGAUCUUAAGUCUAGGUGGAGUUGUAUGUGUAUCAUCGAUUGUGCGACUACCAUUCAUCUCCAUGUAUAAAAGCAAUGAAGUUCUCUACAAUUCCUACCUUUUUAUUGUGUUAUUCAUCAUUGAAUCCGGUGUGGGAAUUAUUGCAGGGAGCCUUUCAACAUUGGUACCCUUGUUCCACUUGCUACGUAACGGAGCUACCUCCGUGUCAUCCAGUCGAGGUCGGAAACCCAAGAGUUCCCGCGUAUCCAAUUUGACUCCAUCUCGAGACAGUUUUAAAUUGCCUAAGGGUGUUUCCCUUUACUGGAAGUCUGAUACUGAUGACAUACCGUUGGUUCAUGUUGCUGGGGAUUCUCCUGGUCGAGUUGGAGAUAUUCUGGAUAGUAGCCAGGAGAUGCUGAAUCCUGGUGUUCCUAUUAGUCAUAGCGCAUAA